CACAGCUUAGGUAGUGUGGGAGGAAUUAAGUGGGAUUUAGCUGCUCAGGAUUGAGUUUUCGAUGCUCAGGACCCCUCCAACAUGAAGAAAUGCCUUGAAUACGCCUUGCUCCUCAUCAUCUCUACGCUUCACGGCUCGCUGCAGCAGAGAAUCAUCGGAGGACAGGAGGUUGAGCCCUAUUCCAUAAAGUACCAGGCCUCUAUCCAGUACAACAACUACCAUUACUGCGGAGGAACACUCAUACACCGACAGUGGGUGGUUACUGCUGCCCACUGCUGGAGACCGAGCUAUUUAAUCAAAGUGGUUUUGAGUGAACACAACCUCUCCAGUAAAGAGGGUGUUGAGCAGGUGUUCAAUGUGUCCAGAGUUCUGGUGUAUUACAUGUACAGUUACAGGACAUUUGAUAGUGACAUUAUGCUCUUGAAAUAUCCUAGCUGUAAUGUGGAAAACGCGUGCUUCUGCUUGGGCAUCUGUGCUGAGAGAACUGCCAUCUCAAAAGCCGUCUCAGAGGGCUACAGGGAUUUCAAAGCCAUUGCUAUUGCAAGUGAUAUGUGUGAGCACUUCGUUUCCCCCUGUGGUGGCUGCAGACAAUUCAUGAGAGAGUUCGGUGCAAACUGGGACGUGUAUUUGUCCAAACCUGAUGGUUCCUACGUGGAGAUGACUGUUGAGGAGCUGCUGCCUGCGUCUUUCGGUCCAGAGGAUUUAAAAAUGAAGAAAGUGAAUAUUCGGAACGAGUUUUAAAUCGCCACUUUACACAAUGGACUCUUUGUACCUGAUAGUUCUGCUGUGUUGACAGAAAAA